AUGGAUAAGGACAACCAAGUACUAAAAUUACGGGACAUAAAAAAGGGCAAGUGGACCAUAGAGCCGCCCACUAAAAGGCUGAAGAAAAUCGAGGUCAAGUCGUCACAAAUUGGACGGGCGGGCCACAGGCCGUCCCGGCUAUGGACCAGAUCUGCCGCUAAACAUAAAUUAAGAUUUCCGCCAGGCUUACCAAAACCAGUAAUGAAAUUUUAUGUCUCCGCUUUGGCGAAGUGUGCGAGAUACUUGGAAUAUUUUUGGCCCUAG